UCCAACUUGAUCUGACUUGUCAACUUAACGAGACUAAACCAAGACGCCAUUUGACAACUACGAGCAGCAUUUCUUGGUUCUUUCAGUUGAAAGGGUUUCGUUUACAAAUUAAAUAUGACCGAUACAGCUAAUGAUGAUUUGGCCACAGCAAUCUUGAAGAAGAAAGAUCGACCAAACAGACUUCUUGUCGAAGAAGCUAUCAAUGAAGACAAUUCAGUGGUUUCUCUGUCACAGAAAAAGAUGGACGAGCUCCAGCUUUUCAGAGGUGACACAGUUCUCUUAAAAGGAAAGAGACGAAGAGAAACAGUGUGUAUAGUGCUUUCAGAUGACACAGUUACUGAUGACAAAAUCAGAAUAAACAGAUGUGUUAGAAAUAAUCUGAGAGUUCGUUUGGGUGAUAUAGUGAGUAUACAAGCCUGUCCAGAUGUUAAGUAUGGAAAAAGAAUUCACGUUCUCCCAAUCGAUGACACUGUUGAAGGUCUCACUGGCAACUUGUUUGAGGUUUAUUUGAAACCUUACUUCAUGGAAGCAUACAGACCAAUCAGAAAAGGCGAUAUAUUCUUGGUUCGAGGAGGCAUGCGAGCUGUUGAGUUCAAAGUAAUCGAGACUGAUCCAUCUCCAUACUGCAUUGUUGCACCCGACACAGUCAUUCAUUGUGAAGGAGAGCCUGUUAAAAGAGAGGAAGAGGAAGAGGCUUUGUUGGAAGUUGGCUAUGAUGAUAUUGGUGGUUGUCGUAAACAGCUUGCACAGAUCAAAGAAAUGGUGGAGCUGCCACUCAGACAUCCACAACUCUUCAAAGCAAUUGGUGUUAAGCCCCCUAGAGGUAUCAUGUUGUAUGGUCCGCCUGGAACUGGUAAAACACUCAUUGCUAGAGCUGUUGCUAAUGAAACUGGAGCAUUUUUCUUUUUGAUAAAUGGCCCUGAGAUUAUGAGUAAGCUUGCUGGCGAGUCCGAAAGUAACUUGAGAAAAGCAUUUGAAGAAGCAGAAAAGAAUGCACCAGCCAUUAUUUUUAUUGAUGAACUUGAUGCCAUCGCACCAAAGAGAGAAAAGACACAUGGUGAAGUAGAAAGGCGAAUUGUUUCACAGUUACUAACUCUCAUGGAUGGUUUGAAGCAGCGAUCCCAUGUUAUUGUCAUGGCGGCAACAAACAGACCAAACAGUGUAGAUUCAGCACUCAGAAGAUUUGGUCGAUUUGACAGAGAGGUUGAUAUUGGCAUUCCUGAUGCCACCGGCAGACUUGAAAUCCUCAGAAUCCACACAAAAAAUAUGAAACUGUCUGAUGAUGUAGACUUGGAACAGAUUGCUGCAGAAACCCACGGUCACGUUGGUGCCGACGUGGCAGCGCUGUGCUCCGAGGCAGCUCUUCAGCAGAUCCGUGAGAAAAUGGACCUCAUUGAUCUUGAUGAUGACACUAUUGACGCAGAGGUUCUCGAUUCACUGGCCGUCACGAUGGAUAACUUCAGGUGGGCUUUGAGCAAGAGUAAUCCAAGUGCUCUGAGAGAGACAUCGGUGGAGGUGCCCAAUGUAUCCUGGGAUGAUGUUGGUGGUCUGGAAAAUGUCAAGAGAGAGUUGCAAGAGCUUGUUCAGUAUCCAGUGGAGCAUCCGGAGAAGUUCCUCAAGUUUGGCAUGACUCCAUCGAAGGGUGUGUUGUUCUAUGGACCACCUGGGUGUGGUAAGACACUGCUCGCUAAGGCCAUCGCCAAUGAAUGUCAGGCCAACUUCAUCUCCAUCAAGGGACCUGAGUUGCUCACCAUGUGGUUUGGAGAGUCUGAAGCUAAUGUCCGAGACAUUUUCGACAAGGCACGAUCUGCUGCACCUUGUGUCCUGUUCUUUGAUGAGCUGGAUUCAAUAGCAAAGGCAAGAGGAGGAAAUGCUGGAGAUGGAGGUGGAGCUGCUGACCGAGUGAUCAACCAGCUGUUGACAGAAAUGGACGGUAUGAGUUCAAAGAAAAAUGUUUUCAUCAUUGGUGCAACAAACAGGCCUGAUAUCAUUGAUCCUGCUAUUCUGCGACCUGGUCGUUUAGAUCAGCUUAUCUACAUUCCCCUGCCAGAUGACAAAUCACGAAUCCAGAUUCUCAAAGCUAAUCUCAGAAAAUCCCCAGUUGCAAAGGAUGUUGAUUUGGACUAUUUAGCCAAGGUGACCCAUGGUUUCAGUGGAGCUGAUUUGACAGAAAUUUGUCAGAGAGCUUGUAAGCUGGCAAUUCGUGAUUCUAUUGAAGCUGAGAUCCGCUAUGAAAAGCAGCGAGCAGAAAAUCCAGAUGCAGAUAUGGAGAUGGAUGAUUAUGAUCCAGUGCCAGAGAUUGUAAGAGCUCACUUUGAAGAGUCGAUGAAAUAUGCCAGACGUUCAGUCAGUGAUAACGACAUCCGCAAAUACGAAAUGUUCGCACAGACACUACAACAAAGUAGAGGAUUUGGCGGAAACUUCAGAUUCCCUGGUCAGACUGGAGGACCCAGUCAGGGACCGAGCCAGGGUGGAAGUGAAUCUGGAAACUUCGCACAGCAGGAUGAUGAUGACCUGUACAGUUAAACAGUGAUACAAAUAUGCACGACAAACACUGGCGGCAGUGCAAUCCAACUGGACUUGAACAUGUUCAAUAAAUAUUAAUUUCACCAUUUUCCAGAAAAAAAUCCUAACAUUUGCUUCUCGUUUUACUAAGUAGUGUUUUUGGAUUCUUACUUCAUCACAAGACAUUUUGGAUAUCAGUCGGCAAUUUGUGGCGUUUUAUUUUUUUUCAUUGAUUUGUGUUUACUCAUUAUGUUUGUUCAGGAUUAUAGUUGUACAGCAUCUUGGUUAUCUGUUUAUUAGCAGUGUAACGAUACAGGUAAGUCUUGAUUCGAUAUGAUGUAUCCUGAUACAUGGGUCUCGAUAUGACACACAUUGCGAUAUUUAAUAACACUGACCCUAGGUAUUAAGCAGUGUGAAAUAUUUUGAGCAAUUAUAGCUUUUUGAACAUUAAAUUAAAAACAUCUAGCUUAAGUUAUCAAUUUUAGAAAAUCCAACAUGUUUCCAGUUGGCCUGAUGUUUGUGAUAGCUCGAAAUUAAUUUUAUGCAAAACUAAGAUAAUACAGAUUUCAGGAAUUGAUGUCAAUGACUUUAAGACAUAUUUAUGUAUCAUAUGUAUCAUGAUACAGCUGCUAUAAAUCAAUGUAUUGUAUUGUGAACCUUUUUUCGUGAUACAAUACUGUCACACUGUAUGGUUUUACCUCUGCUGUUUAUUUUGAUUUGAACAAAAUGUAUUCUACCUUGUGUAAAUUAUCAUCAAAUGUUUUGGUGUGGAUAAUUUAACAAAAAAUAAAAGGUGUGGGGGAGAAGGAUCCUAAAUAUUUUUAAACAUGUAUUUUAUUUGGUCCUUGGAAGACCUAAAAAAUAAUGGAUUUGUUUCUUCUUUUUUUAGAUACAGUUUGGAGUAAAACUUGUGUUAAUUUCAAAAAAAUACUUUAAUUAUUUGUAUUUAAUUACAGAAAUGAAAAAGGUAUAUUUUGGUUGGAGAGAAACAUAGUCUUUAGAUAAGUUGUCAGUAAAAUAUUUAAAGAUUUCAUUAGGAAUUGAUUUUAUAUAUAUAUUUUUUUUUCUUUCUAUAUGGUUGUUUAAAAUUCUGUACAACUAACCAUUUCAUCUAUGUAUAUCAUCAUUUUAUGGUAAGCAUCUGUAUUUUACUGCACUCAUGUAAAAAAUAUCUCAUAAAAAGACACAUUACUUGUGAUAGUAAAAUUUUCGAAAUUGAUAAGACUAUAAAUGUGAAAAAAAUACAUGUUUAAGAAUAUUAUUUGUACUGUGAAAAUGUUUAGUUCCUUUUUAUUUGUGUUUUUUUUAUGCUAGGAUUUUUUUUGUUAUUGAUGGUUUUCUAAAAACAAAAACAAAUGAGUAUGUUUAUGGCUAUUAAUUGAUGUGAAAAAAUUACAGCAGGAAAGUAGGUAAUUUCAAGCUUAUUAGCAACAGUGCAAGUUUAUUUUAAGCAGUGUAAUUUAAUGUUGAAUUGAAUUUUUCCAUCAUGUUCUGUUUCACUGACAAUGAUUAUAAAUAGGCAAGUGGUUAACAAAGGUAUAUAAUUGCAACAGAUUUUUAGGUUUGAACCAUUUGAUCUACAAAUUAUUUUAUUUAUUUUGUCAUUAAAAAUAGUGUUGGGAGAAAAUCCCUCAAUAUAUUAUAAAUUGUGCUAUUUUCUUUGCCUUUCUUUCAGAACUGUCUGAUGGUAAGGAUGUUGUUUCUAAUUUAUUGUGGUCUGUUGGUUAUUUUCUGGAUAAUAAAAUGUACUGAAUAUAUUGUUCGUAGUGUAUUUAAACAAUAAAAACAGAAUGCAUCAUUGUUUUAUGUUUUAUAAGUAUAACCAUUUUCACAGUACCAAAUAGUUUUGAAUACUAGUAGUGUUAUACUUGAGGAAACAAACUUUGAAUAAAUUCUAAAUAAUU